AUGAAAUUAAAAUUUUCAGCGUCCCGCCGCCAUUUUGAAAUCGCGUUUCGUAUGUUUGAUCUGAACGGUGAUGGCGAUGUAGACUGCGAGGAGUUUGAGAAGGUGGCUGCCCUCAUUCGACAGCAGAGCAGCAUUGGAUCACGGCAUCGCGACCAUGCAAAUACUGGCAACACUUUUAAGGGUAUAAACUCAGCAUUAACCACCUACUUCUUUGGACCGAAGCUCAAUGAGAAAUUGACGAUUGAAAAGUUUUUGGACUUCCAACAUCAGUUGCAAAAGGAAAUACUAUCUUUGGAGUUUCAAAGGAAGCAACCAGAUGAAAACGGCCGUAUAACGGAAGCAGAUUUCGCGGAGCUGUUGCUGGCCUAUGCCGGCUAUCCCGCUAAGAAGAAAGCCAGGAUGCUGAAACGUGUUAAAAAAGCAUUUCGCGACCACGGCGUCGGAAUAACAAAGGACGACUACCUAAAGUUUUUCCACCUCCUAAACAACAUCAACGAUGUGGACACGGCACUUACGUUCUACCACAUAGCGGGCGCGUCCAUCGACCAGCCGACGCUCCGGCAUGUCGCCAACACCGUGGCCCACGUGGACUUGGACCCUCACGUCAUUAAUGUGGUCUUCACCAUAUUCGAUGAGAAUAUGGACGGACAACUAAGCAACCGAGAGUUCGUGGCUGUGAUGAAGAACAGGUUGCUCCGAGGUCUGGAGAAGCCGAAGGACACUGGAUUCGUCAAACUUAUGUAUUCGCUCAUUAAAUGCGCCAGAGACACAAAACCGGCAUUACUCGAUUUUUAA